AUGCGCCUGUCGGUGCGGAGGGCACUGCUGGCAGCCGGCUUCGCCCUGGCCCUGGUGCUGGCGGUCCAGCUGGGGCAGCAGGUACUGGAGUGCCGGGUGGCACUGGGGGGCCCCCGCCGGCGGGCCAUGCGGCCGGAGCAGGAGGACCUGGUGAUGGUGGGCACGGACCACGUGGAGUACCGCUACGGCAAGGCCAUGCCGCUCAUCUUCGUGGGGGGCGUGCCCCGGAGUGGCACCACGCUCAUGCGUGCGAUGCUGGACGCCCACCCCGAGGUGCGCUGCGGGGAGGAGACCCGCAUCAUCCCCCGCGUGCUGGCCAUGCGCCAGGCCUGGUCCAAGUCGGGCCGGGAGAAGCUGCGGCUGGACGAGGCGGGUGUGACAGACGAGGUGCUGGACGCUGCCAUGCAGGCCUUCAUCCUGGAGGUGAUCGCCAAGCACGGAGAGCCAGCCCGCGUCCUCUGCAACAAAGACCCCUUCACGCUCAAGUCCUCUGUCUACCUGUCGCGCCUGUUCCCCAACUCCAAGUUCCUGCUGAUGGUGCGGGACGGCCGGGCCUCCGUGCACUCCAUGAUCACCCGCAAGGUCACCAUUGCCGGCUUCGACCUCAGCAGCUACCGUGACUGCCUCGCCAAGUGGAACAAGGCCAUUGAGGUGAUGUACGCCCAGUGCAUGGAGGUGGGCGAGGACAAAUGCCUGCCCGUGUACUACGAGCAGCUGGUACUGCACCCCCGGCGCUCCCUCAAGCUCAUCCUCGACUUCCUCGGCAUCUCCUGGAGCGACGCCGUCCUGCACCAUGAGGACCUCAUCGGCAAGCCCGGCGGCGUCUCCCUGUCCAAGAUCGAGCGAUCCACAGACCAGGUCAUCAAGCCCGUGAACCUGGAAGCUCUCUCCAAGUGGACUGGCCACAUCCCUGGGGAUGUGUUGAGGGACAUGGCCCAGAUCGCCCCCAUGCUGGCUCGGCUUGGCUAUGACCCCUAUGCAAACCCGCCCAACUACGGCAACCCCGAUCCCAUCGUCAUCAACAACACACACCGGGUCUUGAAAGGGGACUAUAAAACACCAGCCAAUCUGAAAGGCUAUCUUCAGGUGAACCAGAAUAGCACCUCUUCCCACCUAGGAAGCUCAUGA